AUGGGGAAGCUGCCGGAGCCGAACGACAUCCCACCUUGGGUGGGGUCUCCCGAAGUCUUGAAGGAUCCCGAGGUGUUCCAGGUGCAGACGGGGCUUGUGGAAGCCGUGUUCGGCCCCGACGGAUCUCGAAUCCCAUUCGUCGAGCAGGUGGGCACAGUCAUGCUCCAGAUGAAGGGUCUGGAAACUUCGGACGUCGCCGAAGUCAUGGUUUACGGCUCUUACUUGUGCAAGUUCCAGACCAAGUGGAUGCUCCAGUCCGUGGCCUAGCGGCACCGCCAGCAGCACAAGCAGGUUGAGAGGCCUCAUGAGCAGGGACGCUGCAACCUGAGGAAGCCACGACUUCGCUCGACCUAGCUCCGCGGAUGAAGG